AGAGCAAACAAACGUAAAGCGCCAAAGCCCGAGUCUGGUAGCUGAAUCGUAAGCUAUUUGGCUUCCGCACACUCUCUGUUUCCUUUUCACUUCAUUGAACGAGACGAUUUGCGAUCAAUGGCAUCUUUCGAUUCUACCCGAACUGAUGAGGAUCAGGUUUUAGUGGAAGAGAAGCGGUUUGUGAGAUUAUUGACUUUAAACCGAACUAAGCAGUUGAAUGCUCUUUCAUUUACAAUGGUUUCCCGCCUAUUAGAACUCUUUGUUGCCUAUGAUGAGGCAGAUCCCAGUGUGAAACUUGUGGUCGUCAAGGGGAAAGGAAGAGCCUUUUGUGCUGGGGGUGAUGUGUCAGCUGUGGUUCAUGACAUAAAAAGGGGUGAUUGGAAAAAAGGUGCUUAUUUCUUCCGGAAAGAGUUCACCUUAAAUUAUUUGCUAGCAACUUUCAGCAAGCCACAGGUUUCUCUACUUGAUGGUAUUGUAAUGGGAGGAGGCGCAGGUGUUUCAAUACAUGGUAGAUUCCGUGUUGCAACGGAGAAAUCGGUGUUUGCAAUGCCUGAAACUGCUUUAGGGCUCUUCCCAGAUGUCGGUGCUUCUUAUUACUUGUCAAGACUACCGGGGUUUUUUGGUGAAUAUGUUGGGCUAACAGGUGCCAGGUUGGAUGGUGCUGAAAUGCUUGCAUGUGGCCUUGCUACUCACUUUGUCACUUCAGAGAAAUUGACGCACUUAGAGGAAGCACUUUGCAGAGCAGAUACAAGUGAACCAAGCAUCAUUUCAUCAAUUAUUGAUAAAUUUUCCCAAAGACCAAUUCUGAAAGGGCAAAGUGUUUAUCACCGGUUGGAUGUUAUUGACAAGUGCUUCUCUCGAAGAACAGUUGAAGACAUUUUGGCUGCUCUUGAAGACGAGGCACUGAAAAAGAAAGAUGAUUGGAUCACUUCAACGAUUCAGGACUUGAAGAAGGCAUCACCAACAAGUCUCAAAAUCUCAUUGAGAUCGAUCAGAGAGGGUAGACUUCAAGGUGUUGGUCAGUGUCUCAUUCGUGAAUAUAGAAUGGUUUGUCAUGUCCUGAGGGGGGAAGUCAGCAAAGAUUUCGUGGAGGGUUGCCGAGCUAUACUGUUGGAUAAGGAUCGGAACCCAAAGUGGGAACCCUCCAGUCUGGAGCUUGUCACUGAUGCUAUGGUCGAGAGGUACUUUUCUAGGAUUGAAGACGAAGAGUGGGAAGACCUAAAGCUCCCUGCAAGAUCCAACUUGCCCCCUUCAGCCAUUUCAAAGCUCUAAUUUCCCUGAGUUCGCUACUUACUUGAUAAAUAUAUCUUAGUUCUUGGCUAGUUGUUUAGGUCUAUUGGUGGUGGAUGGGUAACUGUCAGAAAUAAGGCUUCCAGUAUGAGGAAUCAGUAGUAGAUUUAAUUUAUUCUACAACCACCGAACAUAUGUAAAAUAAAGUAUUUAUGUUAUUUAUGAGGAAUUGGUAAUAGAUUUAGUUUAUUCUA